CCACCAGACUUCACCUCUCAGUAUGGUCAAGUCAAAGGAUAUUACGUUGGUUACAAGAUUAAAGAAUCUAAAGAUAAAUACGUUUACAAGACCCUAGAGGUCACAGACAAUUUUCGAGAGGAAAGAAUUCUGAGCAAUCUACAGAGAAGCACCAAAUAUUUGAUUCGAAUCCAGGCAUUUAACAGUAAAGGAGCAGGACCACCAUCUGACGAUGUAGAAGUUGAAACUUUGAAAGAUGAUCCUCCCAAACCACCAAGUUUAGAAAUCUUAGGAGUGACGUCAUCCUCUGUGACUUUGAAAUGGAAAAGGGACGAGGCAAAUACCAUCCCAACCACAGGUUUCAUUGUGCAUUACAAGAAAGAAUAUGGUACAUGGAAACAAGAAGAUGUAAUUGGUGAUAUAAACACUCACAGCAUUGAAAACCUCCAUUGUGGUAUGAGGUACGAGUUCUAUGUCACCGACGCUAGUGGCAGUGGUGAGCAAAGUGAAAUAGUGUCAACUAGAACGACUGGAAGAGCGCCUAUUGCCCCUGAAAAGGAAGAACUGCUCUCAGUGAAUGCGACAUCCGUAACGAUCCAUUUAAAUUCCUGGAAGUCAGGCGGUUGCCCAAUUACGCACUUCGAAAUAAAAUACAAGCAACAGCAGAAGAAAACUUGGGUCAUUUUUGCCGACAGGGUCUCCUCUAACAAGAAGACUAUCACUAUUACAGGACUGACUCCAAAUACCUGGUAUCAACUGCAGCUGACAUCCCACAAUGAAGCUGGUCCCACGGAAGCCGAGUACAUCUUCACAACGAGAGCUUUAUUGAAAGGUGCCUUACCUGAUGCAGUAUUAGUUAGUGGAGAAGCUGUGCCUUUCUAUUUGGAAAUUGAAGUUGUACUUCCUGUUUCUUUAUCUUUAGUUGUGGUUGUUUCAGUACUUGUUCUAGUCUGUCUGAUUGUUAGGAAAAGAAAUCCAACCGAAAGUUCACAAACAGGUAUUAGUCACAGGAUGUUCAGAAUCUUUACGUAA